AUGUCUUUGACCUCUGCCUACCAGCAUAAAUUAGCAGAGAAGCUCACUAUCCUGAAUGAUCGCGGUCAGGGGGUCCUCAUCCGGAUGUAUAACAUCAAGAAGACUUGUUCAGACCCGAAAUCCAAGCCCCCUUUCUUAUUGGAAAAGUCCAUGGAAUCAUCUCUCAAGUACAUCAACAAAAAAUUUCCCAACAUAGAUAUCCGAAACAGCACGCAACAUUUAGGACCAGUACAGCGGGAAAAAUCUGAGAUAAUUAGAUACCUUACCAACUACUACCAGUCAUUUGUGGAUGUUAUGGAAUUUCGGGAUCAUGUGUAUGAACUUCUCAACACCAUUGAUGCCUGCCAGUGCCAUUUUGAUAUCAAUCUCAACUUUGACUUCACUCGGAGUUAUCUGGACUUGAUAGUGACUUACACUUCAGUUAUUUUGCUUCUAUCACGCAUUGAGGAUCGACGGGUACUCAUUGGCAUGUUCAACUGUGCCCAUGAGAUGCUGCAUGGACACAGUGACUCCAGUUUUGCCCGUCUGGGUCAGAUGGUCUUGGAGUAUGACCACCCUCUGAAGAAGCUGACAGAGGAGUUUGGGCCUCACACAAAGGCUGUGAGUGAAGCCCUCCUCUCUUUGUACUGCCUCUUUGUCCGAAGGAACCAAGGGGCUGAGCAGUGGCGCAGUGUCCAGCUUCUGAGUCUUAUUGGCACGGCCUCAGCCAUGAUUAACCCUGCUAAUUCAGACACAAUGGCCUGUGAGUACCUGUCUGUGGAAGUGAUGGAGCGUUGGAUUGUCAUUGGGUUUCUUCUUUGUCAUGGGUGCCUCAACUCCAAUGCCGACUGCCAGAAACUGUGGAAGCUGUGUCUGCAGGGCUCCCUGUACAUCACCCUCAUCCGGGAGGAUGUGCUCCAGGUGCACAAAGUCACCGAGGACCUGUUUAGCAGUUUGAAAGGGUAUGGCAAGCGAGUGGCCGACAUAAAGGAAAGCAAGGAACAUGCAAUUGCAAACAGUGGCCAGUUUCACUCUCAGCGGCGCCAGUUUCUGCGAAUAGCUGUGAAGGAGAUGGAGACUGUGUUAACUGAUGAACCAGGACUACUGGGUCCCAAGGCCCUUUUUGCUUUCAUGGCCCUGUCCUUCAUUCGUGAUGAAGUCACUUGGCUGGUUCGCCACACAGAAAAUGUCACCAAGACGAAGACGCCUGAGGACUACGUUGACUCGAGCAUUGCAGAACUGCUUUUCCUGUUGGAGGAAGUUAGGGCUCUGGUCCGAAGACACAUCAAGGUGAUUCAGCAGUACCACCUUCAGUACCUGGCCAGAUUUGAUGCCCUUGUGCUCAGUGACAUCAUUCAAAACCUGUCUGUGUGUCCUGAGGAGGAGUCCAUCAUAAUGUCCUCAUUCGUCAGUACUCUCUCCUCUCUGAAUCUCAAACAAGUUGAUAAUGGAGAGAAAUUUGAAUUUUCUGGAUUGAGACUGGACUGGUUCCGUCUACAGGCAUAUACCAGUGUGGCUAAGGCUCCCCUGCACUUAUAUGAGAACCCAGACUUAGCCAAGGUGAUGAACCUCAUUGUCUUUCACUCCCGAAUGCUGGACUCAGUAGAGAAUAUGCUGGUGGAAACUUCUGAUUUAUCUACUUUCUGCUUUCAUCUCCGUACCUUCGAGAAGAUGUUUGCUGUGACCCUGGAGGAACCUGCCAUGUUCCGUUAUGCCAUUGCUUUCCCCCUGAUCUGUGCUCACUUUGUCCACUGCACGCAUGAGAUGUGCCCAGAGGAGUACCCUCACUUGAAGAACCACGGCCUUCAUCACUGCAACUCCUUCCUGGAAGAGCUGGCCAAGCAGACUAGCAACUGUGUCCUGGAGAUCUGUGCUGAGCAGCGGAACCUGAGUGAGCAGCUUCUACCAAAGCACUGUGCCACUACCAUCAGCAAGGCCAAGAACAAGAAAACCAUGAAGCAGAGGCAGGCUCCCAGAAAAGGAGAGCCUGAGAGGGACAAGCCAGGAGCGGAGAGCCACCGGAAAAACCGCAGCAUUGUCACCAACAUGGACAAGCUACACCUAAACUUGACGGAGUUGGCACUGACAAUGAAUCAUGUACAGAGCUUCUCUGUGUUUGAACACACCAUCUUCCCUUCUGAGUAUCUCAGCAGCCAUCUGGAGGCCAGAUUCAACAGAGCCAUUGUGUGGCUGGCUGGCUACAAUGCUACAACCCAGGAGAUCGCCAGGCCUUCUGAGCUGUUGGCAGGAGUCAAAGCGUACAUCAGUUUCAUACAAUCACUGGCCCAGUUUUUGGGUGCAGAUGUGUCCAGAGUCAUCCGCAACGCCCUUCUGCAGCAGACACAGCCACUGGACUCGUGUGGGGAGCAGACUAUCACCACUCUCUACACAAACUGGUACCUAGAAAGUCUGCUCAGACAGGCAAGCAGCGGGACCAUCAUCCUCUCACCAGCCAUGCAGGCCUUCAUCAGCCUUCCCAGAGAGGGGGAGCAGAACUUCAGCGCAGAGGAGUUCUCUGACGUCUCUGAGAUGCGGGCCUUGGCUGAACUCUUGGGCCCGUACGGCAUGAAGUUCCUGAGUGAAAACCUGAUGUGGCAUGUGACUUCACAAAUUGUGGAGCUGAAGAAGCUGGUGGUAGAAAAUAUGGAUAUACUUGUUCAGAUCAGAUCCAACUUCAACAAGGCGGACUUGAUGGCUUCUCUGCUGCCCCAGCUGACAGGGGCUGAUAAUGUGCUGAAGCGCAUGACCAUCAUUGGAGUUAUCCUCAGUUUUAGGGCCAUGGCCCAAGAGGGACUUCGGGAGGUUUUCUCCUCCCACUGCCCAUUUCUCAUGGGUCCCAUUGAAUGCCUGAAGGAGUUUGUCACUCCAGACACAGAUAUCAAGGUGACCCUGAGCAUCUUUGAGCUGGCAUCCGCUGCGGGGGUGGACUGUGACAUUGAUCCAGCCCUGGUGGCUGCCAUUGCCAAUCUGAAAACUGAUUUGUCAUCCCCUGAGGAAGAAUAUAAGGUGGCCUGCCUGCUCUUGAUCUUUCUGGCCGUUUCCCUCCCCCUCCUUGCCAUGGAUGCUGCCUCCUUCUACAGCAUUGAGAAGGAUGGUUACAGCAACAAUAUUCACUGCUUGACCAAAGCCAUCAUCCAGGUAUCUGCUGCCCUCUUCACAGUCUACAACAAGAACAUUGAAACUCACCUCAAGGAAUUUCUCGUGGUGGCUUCUGUCAGCCUCCUGCAGCUGGGCCAAGAGACUGACAAGCUUAAAACCAGAAACCGGGAGUCCAUUUCUCUGCUCAUGCGCUUGGUGGUGGAGGAGUCCUCUUUCCUGACCCUGGACAUGCUGGAGUCCUGUUUUCCUUAUGUGCUGCUUCGAAAUGCCUAUCGGGAGGUCUCCCGGGCCUUCCACCUGAACCGAGUGUCGGCCAGUACCCACUGA